AUGUUUUUGAGAGACAAAACUAGUAGUUUAAACGAAGAUUUUGCCUUCAAUACGGCUAUCAUAACACAAACUUCUGCGACUGGUGCAUCACUUAAAAAAUUAUAUGUUCAUCGUAAUACACGCAUUCUUGAUUUGGAAAAAGGAUAUAAAGAACAAAAGUUAACAUUAAAUGAGUAUCACGGCCGGAGUAUGAAACUGACUGGUAUUAAAAAUUAUUAA